AUGUUGAAAGAUAAAACAGAAGCUUACAAUGCAGUGUUCGAAGAAUGGGUUAAAUCUGGAAUAAUCGAAGAAGUACCAGAAGAGGAGAAAAGUGUGCACAGCCAUUACCUUCCACACAGGCCGAUAUUCAAAGAGAACUCUACAACAUCCAUAAGACCAGUUUUUGACGCUUCGUGUAAGCAGAAAAAGUUUCUUUCCCUUAACGACUGUCUCGCAAAAGGUGAAAAUUUAAUUGAAUUAAUACCAAGCUUGCUUCUUGAUUUCAGAGGAGGAAAAAUAGGAGUUAUUUCAGAUAUCAAAAAAGCUUUUCUUCAGAUAUCUAUUCAAAAAAAUGAUCGUGAUUUUCUGAGAUUCCUGUGGUGGAAAGACUCUGAACAAAAGGAAAUAAGAGAAUUUCGACACUGCAGAGUAGUUUUUGGAUUAAAAUGCAGCCCAUUUUUAUUAGGUGCAGUGAUUAAUUCGCAUUUGGAUCAGUGUGAUAUUUCUCUAAAAGAAACAGCUUCAAAAUUGAAAUCUUCAUUUUAUGUUGAUAACUGUGUCACCUCAGUCAAUUCGAAUGAAGAAGCAGAAGAUUUUAUUACAAAGUCAACUCGAUUGAUGGCAAGUGGUAACUUCGACUUGAGAGGGUGGGAGCAGACAGAGAAGAGCAAUGUGAAAUCGACAAUAAGUGAACCACUAAAAGUUCUUGGUCUUAUGUGGGAUAAGUUUGAAGAUUCACUGUUUUGUGACAUACCUAAUAUCGACUUAGAUGACAUCAUAGUGACAAGACGAAACGUGUUAUCAAUUGCACAGAGAAUCUUCGACCCAAUCGGUUUUAGCUGCCCUUUCACGCUUCGACCAAAGAUAUACUUGCAAAAUAGUUGGGAAACUAAAUUAAGCUGGGAUGCAGAGCUGCCUGAGGAAAUCCAAAGAAAAUUCUUGAAAUGGGUUAAAGAAUUGCCCUUGUUAGCAUCAGUAAAGAUUCCUAGGCAAGCUACUCAGACCGAUGGGCAGUCUUUUAGCCUCCAUAUAUUUUCCGAUGCUUCACAGGGAUCUUAUGCGAGUGUAGUAUUUUUAAGAAGCCAAAAAUCAGAUGAAGUUAAAGUGACAUUAUUGCAAGCUAAAGCCAGAGUAGCUCCGUUGAAGAAAAUAACUAUACCAAGACUUGAAUUGCUUGCUUGUCUUAUUGGAGCAAGAUUGGCUUCAUUCAUUAAGAAGAACCUCAAGAUCGUAAUUUCAAAAGAGUAUUACUGGACCGACUCUUCAACAGCACCUUCUGGAUAA